AUGAAAGCUCCGACGAUGAGUUGCUCCUUACGUCUGCGAAACCUCGUCUCUCUACGCCGGCGUUUGUUAAAUACCCUGCGACGCGACGCUGGUUCUUCCCCAACACGAACGUCAGUUCACCUUCCUCCAAAAGGCACACCACGCCUGCCUGCUGCCUUUCCCAUCGUAUCACCCAGUCCAAAGCAGCGAGUUGACGCACCUCCAGCAAGGACUCCGUCCCCGAAGCCUUUGCUGUCUGGGAAUCACGACUAUGUGGUGUACCAAUCACCGACUCGCACCCCACGCAAGACUCCCGCUUCUCCGUCCAAACGCCCGGUCACUCCUUCCAGCAAGCGACCAAACUCACCCACAAAACGUCCUCAGACACUCCCCGAACAUCUGCAGCCUUGGUUGGCUCAGCAGAAGCGUGCCAUCAUGAAGUCCCUUCAACAAUUCCCAGAGCUCGAUGAAAUUGAGCUUUAUGGCGAGGACUAUCCACCAACGAAUACGGCCGCGUACGAGCAACUCGGCGACCUCCUAAUAGGCUCCGUUGUGAGGGGUGAAGGGAAUAGCUGCAUGCUUAUCGGGCCUAGCGGAAGCGGGAAAACUCAGAUGGUUCAAAGGGCGAUCGAAGCUCUUCCAAGGGAACCCAUCGUCAUUCGACUUUCUGGCCAUUCCCAGCAAAAUGACAGGGUUGCGAUACGUGAAAUAGCCUGGCAGCUGGCACAACAGACCGGACAAUCGUUCCUACCCUCCGAUGAGGAUGACGCGGACGAUGGUGUUGCGCAGGUCCCAGCGAAGCCUGAAGACGACGUUGUUGAGCCCGAGACUUACGACGAGGACGUCGACGAGGAACACGAUGAAGACGAGAAUCCAUUCCUCACCAAGUUGGCCCCACCCUUCGACAACUCAAUGCCAAUCAUCGCCCUACCGCCCCCUGCGCACUUACUUGCGCUCAUAUCUAUGAUCCCGACAUUGCCUCGACCAACCGUCAUCGUUGUCGAGGGCUUCGACCUCUUUGCCGAACAUGCACGCCAGUCGCUGCUCUACUGCUUGCUCGAUACUGCUCAAGCAUGUCGUGCGGGAACGGGUUCGGGCAGUGGGAUGGCGAUCAUUGGCGUCACCUCACGCGUCGACACGCUCAACCUACUGGAGAAGCGCGUGAAGAGCCGAUUCUCUGGGCGGAUGAUCAGGACGGCAAGUCCGGCGCGCUUCCAGCAUUGGAUAGACCUCACGAAGGCGGUCUUGUCUACGCCACCGCCCGCGGCAACAGAAACCACAUCCGAAGACGGACAGGAGUGGACAGAGAUGUGGCAGAGCUCUGUGGAGACGUUCGUCAAGGAUCGAGAGGUUGUGGACAUCCUGAGGGAGACAUACUCGUUGACGAGGGACUUCCACAUGUUUGGGCGUAUCAUGACGUGCUUUAUCCUCGAAUUGACCCCUCAAUCGCCAUACCCGACAUUCUCGAAGCUCUCGUCUGCUGUCGAACGCCAGCGGUGUCCCGCGCGGUACCCUCCAUUGCACACCCUCCCAUAUCCAGCGGUCUGCCUGCUGAUCGCGUCGGUGCACGCGCAGACGGCGGGCCACGACACGUUCACGUUCGAGAUGCUCCACGACGCGUUCAAGAGUCAAGUUCGCACGUCGCAGUCCGCGCCCGUCCAGGUCGCCGGCGGGGGCCUGGGGAUGGCCUUCGAGCGCCUGGUUGAUCUGCGCAUGUUCCUCGCUGCCGCUGCUCCCGCGGCGAGCAUCUCAAAAGAGUUUGCACUCCACCGCAGUGCUGUGGAUCGGUUCUCCGUGAAAGAGGCCCUCAGGAAGAUCGGACAAAUGAAUUUGAAGAAGUGGUUUACGAAGGCAUGA